AUUAAUUUCGUCCUUCCUUUAAUUUUUCUAGGAGUCUUUAGGUUUGGAAUUAUUAUUGUGAAUAAUUUUGCACGGAAUCGCUUUCGGGGAACGCCGGUUAAGUGAAUUCUGCUUUUCCGAAUCCGCUGCCGAUGCUAUCUGGACCGCAAUAACAAAUGGAUGAGUUGCCUGCGGAAGUAACUUUGGACAUACUGCAUAGAAUCCCGAGAACAGUAGAUAAGAAUUCAGUAUCUUUGACCUGUAAGCGCCUCCAUGAAUUGGAUAAUGAGCAACGCAAAGCUAUUCGAGUUGGCUGCGGAAUGGAUCCCGCCAACAAAGCACUGAUCUCACUCUGCAACAGAUUUCGUAACUUGGAAAAAGUCGAAAUCUCUUACUCGGGCUGGAUGUCAAAAUUAGGUAAACAGGUGGAUGACCAGGGGCUCUAUAAUCUUUCUGUAAGUUGCCCUCUUUUGACAGAUCUCACACUAAGUUACUGCACUUUUAUUACCGAUGCUGGAUUGGGUCACUUGGCUACCUGCUCUCGUCUUUCUGCCUUAAAGCUGAUCUUCACUCCAAGAAUUAGUGGUUUUGGGAUAUUGUCUGUUGUAGUGGGAUGUAAGAACCUUUCGUUGCUGCAUCUUAUCCGCUGUCUUAAUAUCGCCAGCAUGGAAUGGCUGGAAUAUCUCGGAAAGCUUGAAAAACUAGAAGAUCUCUGCAUCAAGAAUUGCAGGGCUAUUGGAGAAGGUGAUCUUAUUAAGCUUGGGAACACAUGGCGGAAGUUAAGACGCCUACAGUUUGAAGUAGAUGCUAACUAUCGGUACAUGAAAGUUUACGAUCGGUUAGCUGUAGAUCAGUGGCAGAGGCAAUCAACCCCAUGUGAGAACAUGCAAGAACUUAAGUUAGUGAACGGUAUCAUCAGCCCGGGAAGAGGACUUGCCUGUGUGUUAGGUAAAUGCGAGAACUUGGAAAAGAUUCACUUAGACAUGUGCGUGGGGGUGAGAGAUUUGGACAUCAUAGGCUUGGCCCGAAAUUCCAGCAACCUCAGGUCUAUUUCCCUCCGAGUUCCAUCCGAUUUUUCUCUCCCUCUUUUGAUGAACAAUCCAAUUAGGCUAACGGACGAAUGCUUGAAAGCAUUGGCCCAGAAUUGCGCGCAGCUUGAAUCCGUGCGGCUGUCUUUUUCAGACGGCGAAUUUCCCACCUUCUCUUCGUUCACUUUGCAAGGAAUCCUGACUUUAGUGCAAAAGUGCCCGCUCCGGAAACUUUCUUUAGACCAUGUUUAUUCUUUCAAUGAUGCCGGGAUGGAAGCUCUUUGUUCGGCUGAGUAUCUUGAAAUUUUAGAGCUUAGUCGAUGCCAAGAGAUAACCGAUGAAGGGCUACAGCUUGUUGAGCAAAUUCCUCAGCUGUCUGUUCUGAAAAUUAACAAAUGUUUGGGAAUAACCGAUGACGGAUUGAAGCCGCUUGUAGGAUCACACAAACUGGAAGCGCUGGUAGUCGAUGAUUGCCCGCAGAUGUCUGAACGAGGCGUACAAGGAGCUGCAAAUUCGGUGUCGUUCAAGCAGGAUCUGUCGUGGAUGUAUUAAUCUUUUCGUCUCCAUGGUUGCAGAGGUACAUGCAUAUCUUUUAAUUCUUGAUUCUUUUUAUGAUUAAUUUAAUCUGCUAUUUGCAUUAUAUGAAUGGUAGUAUGAUCAUUUGUGAGGGCUGUUGUGUAUAAUUGAUGUGUUUUUGAAGCUGUAAUGAACUUAGAGAAAUUUAUCAUUCUUCUGAGGGUAGUUUUCAUGAUAGUGUGACAAGAUCUGUGAACUUUAUCAUUACCUCUAUAAUUAUAAUAGUUGUAAGAUGUUUUUGUUUU